CGCGCAGCGAUGGUAAUUUCCGCCGGAAGUUGGUGUCGAGUGGAGUCGAUUUGGGAAAGAAGAUUGCCUAGUCAAGGCUUCCAGACUGAAUCCAUUGCAGUAUUAUUCCAACCUGAAGUGCAUUGCUGAGACUGAGGGAGCCAUGCUGGACCGGGAUCUCGGUCUGACCCCGUCUUAUCCUCCCACGUAUCCGGAGCCCGCUAUUGGAAGACAUACCCCUUAUAUGUCACAGCCGGAGUACAGGAUCUACGAGCUCAACAAACGCCUUCAGAACUGGACCGAGGAGUGUGAUAACCUUUGGUGGGAUGCCUUCACCACUGAGUUUUUUGAGGAUGAUGCAGUGUUAACUGUGGCUUGCUGCCUGGAAGACGGACCAAAGAGAUACACGAUUGGCCGGACCCUGAUCCCUCGGUAUUUCCGAAGUAUCUUUGACGGUGGGGCAACAGAUCUUUAUUUUAACCUGAAGCACUCGAAGGAAUCAUUCCAUGGCAACCUGGUGAUCCUGGACUGUGACCUGUGCAGCAUGGUCACACUGCACAACAAACCCAUCUUCACCAAGGUAAACACGGAAGGCCGCCUCUACCUGGAGUUCACCUUCGAUGAUUUAAUGCGUAUCAAAAAUUGGCAUUUUAACAUCAGGCAAAAUCGCGAGCUGCUGUCACGCAGUAUCCUUGCAACGCACGCCCAGGAUCCUCCGAUGUUGGAGCAGUUAUCCAACAGCAUCACCCGCUCUGGCCUCACAAACUUCACCCUUAACUACCUCAGACUUUGCGUCAUUCUGGAGCCAAUGCAGGAGCUGAUGUCCAGACACAAAACCUAUAACCUGAGCCCUCGAGAUUGCCUGAAGACCUGCCUGUUUCAGAAGUGGCAACGAAUGGUCGCUCCUCCUGGUAAGAGGCUGAGGGGGGUGCGGUGCAGAGAUGGCCUGUCACGUGCUCUAACAGCCGAACCGGUCCGGCCGCCCACGGCCAAGCGGCGGAAGAGGAAGCAGUCCGGCGGCAACACGUCUGGCGCGGGCCCAGCCAGCAGCAGCAGCGGAGGCAGCAAGAAGAAGAGCAGCCCGGCUGCAGGCUUCAACCUGUCCACUCAGAUCCUCCACACCAUGCACCAUUCUUAGGCUGAGAGGACAGAGCCCUGAUCCCAUGGCCUCCGUCAUUGUCGCGGUUGACCGGCAGCUCAGAGGUGUGCGAGAACGGUUCAGGGUUUAAUCCAAGUGGCCGCCACUCACCCCGUCUCCCUGGCAACUGCUAGGCUGAGAUCUGGAGACUCGCUACCUGGAGGAUUGUGGAUGCUGAACUGUGUCCGGUCAGUCCACAGCAUGGUGUCCGGGAGGGCCAGCCCACUGCACAACUCGAACAACCAUUGUCCUGUUUCCUGUCACGCAGGCUGUGUUGGGAGACACAAAAAAAAAGAUUAAUUCAUUUAAAGGAACAUUUGAAAUGCAGUUCAUGUCAUGCCCGAUUGCGAGAGAGAAAUCGGGGAAAGUAUGGUGAAUACAAGUGGUGAAGUAAAUGCACGGAGGGAGUGUCUGUCCAGUUGCUAUGAAUGUACCACUACCUGAACCACGUACACUAAAUGACAGGAUGAAUACUGUGUAGGGUUAUAUAAUGCUGACUGUACAGUUGUCGUGUUUGUUGAGCUGUGCAGAAGGUUCCUGUCACCAUGCUGAGGCGCAAUCGAGUGGUGUUAGCUGCUUUCUGUUCAUUUUUUUGUCAAAAUUGGAUGCAAUUCUUUCCAUAAACCAAAAGCAGAAAAUGCUGGAGAGACGGCUGCUGUGGAGAGAACAGACAGGUUAACAGGCUUCAGAACUCUUGUUUUUUUUCUCUCCCCCACCCCCUCCUGCCCCCUCUGUGCUGAAGAUCUGUUUGCUCCGAGUUGGUUUAAAGGAAGGCAAGUUUACCCAAGAAAAGAAAUGCCUGUACAAGGAUUUCAAACACUCGGAAAGUGGCAGCGCCACUCCAAUCAGUCGGCCAGUGGAACUUUCAAACCUUCUGCACAUCCCGCCCCCACUACCCCCACCUCCCCCCCCCAACCUCCAUUCCUGAGCGCUGUCAUUACUUAUGUACCCAGGCGAUGGGAGAAGGCUUAGAAUGUGUAGCAACAGCAAUGAGACUCUCUGUGCACAGUCUCUUGUGUUUGAUUGAAUGUCUAUGACUUAAUUUGCAUUUGCCUUUGUAGUUUGGGGUCUGGGGCUGACUUUUGCACCUAAACACAUUGUUGUGCAGCUUCGGUUGAGCUCUCAAAUCACUGUAUCGUUUGAAUGUGGGCUCUGUCACGAGAGGCAUCUAAUAAAUGUACCCAGAUGUUUGACGAGCCGUGCCCAAUUCUCUGCAGCAGAUGGAUGGGUCCUCCCAGCAGUCAUACCUAGGAGCACAGUGGGCAGCAGCACCUCAUGACUGUUCAGGCCAAUCCCUUCACCAAGCUAGUAACUGUACCCACAAUCUCUUCAGCAAGUUGUCCUGAUGUGUUGGUCGGGAUUACUAUCCCCGGGAUGGCAUCUUUAUGUCGUGUUAGGAACCUUUGAGAGUGAGUCUCUGUGAAGAAUAAUAGUUCUGAAUUUCUUCCCCUUGAAGCCAAUUAAGGUAUAUAGCUUUUAGGUGUUGGAAGGGAUCCAUUAGAAAGCAAGUUGAGUACAUUAUGUAUAGUUUGUAUGCUUAAGUGUCUUACAGUCAGAGAUUUAUCCCUUAAUGCUCAGCCCUCGGUAAGAGAUACAGGUAAAAGCGUUUGAGUGCAAAAGGACCCACGUUUGGCCAUUUAUUAUCUGUAGGGAGGAAUAUAUGAUACAGUGUCCAGAGCAAGGGGUGAGAGGGCUUGGAGUAUCAUUAACAGUUGGUUGACCCUUGUGAAAUACUUAAACUGCCAGACUACCUUUUUACCUCCUGAAACCUCGCCACCCUUUUAUUGAUUGUCGGAAUUACCCUUUUCCUUUUUGCUCGUGUGAUAUUAUCACCAGAUAUUCAUCGGGGUGGGCCCUGUGAGUUCGAUAAGGUUGGUGGGCAACUUAUCAGAUUGAAAAUGCAGUACACAUACAGUCUGUUAUGUGUGUUCUGUCCAGUGCCAGGGGCUUUAGUGUAAAAGUCAACUCCAUUGUGUCAGUGUGUCAGUGAGAGGAGUUGUGUGUUUGCUCUUUGGUAGGAAGCCUGUGACCGUCUGACAGUCAUACUUAACAUGACUGCCCCCAACACUUGCAACCAUCAUGAACCCCUGCUUAAUACUGUUGACCAAAAAUGAUGUCUCUAAACCAGUUACCUGCAUUAUGGUUUGCACGAGGUCAGUGCUUUCUGCUAACCCUGCAGAUAACUACUGCUGGAUAGUACGGCACUGUCCGUUUAACUGUUUGCUAAAGAUUACAUAAGACAAGUCUCAUUUAAGUCUUUGACCCCCGAUGUUCCUCUCUCUGAAAGUGGUCAGGUUUAUCCAUGUUUCUGGAUAUCCUGUAGAGUGGUUGGUGUCCAGGUGUGGUAUUCUUUCAGGCCUCAUUGAGGGCAAUAGGUGUGCAGGUUUAGGCUGGAAUGGAUGGAAGGCAUGUUCUCCUUUCAAAAGUGUUAAUACAUUGCACUUUGAAACCAGAGUGCAUGUACCAUGGACAGGGCUGCCCACAAUCAUAAUCCUAAUCAUGCUUUAGACAGAGAGCCAGUGAAGGGAUAAUAAUAGACAUCACGGCAAUGAAGCCCUGGAUUAAAGGCAAUCCUUUGGCCCUAGCGUGUGUUCUUAUUUGUUUUGAAUUUGACCUGUAAUGUGUACAUUUUUCAUCAUUUUUUUAAAAAUAAGCUGUGAAAUCCUGGGUGACUUUUGACCUGUAAGCACUUACAUAAGUGGCAGGCAUACUUUUCUGAAUAUGUAACAUGUGUAAAAUAAAGUUACGUCCUUUUGUACCAGAUCACUACAGAUGAAAACCUCGGGUUCUUGUUGGUUUGACCCAUCACAAAUUGUUAAGCUAUUUGAAUAAAAUACUUUUCUCAGCUA